UGUGUGUGUGUGUGUAUAACGUUGCUAUUUGAUAUACGUGAAACGCAUGUAUUACAUUUUGAUUGCGUACAUCUUUUUUUACCUAAAAAAUUUUUUUUUUCCGAGUGAUUAGAGUGAAUUUUGAUUGAAGAAAACAAAAAUUUCCAGAAUUUCAAUCUAAUCAUCCAUAUUUCUCAUCAUUGAAAAGCAAUAAAACCAAUCAACAGAAAUUAAAAAAAAAUGUCUGCUGACCUUGAUGAUUUUUUUGCCAAAAAGGAUAAAAAUCGAAAGAAAAAAACGAAAGGCAUUUCCAGUGAAGAUUUUGUGCAAAAAUAUGAAACAAAAUGUAAAGAAAAUGAAUCAAAAGAUAAUACAUCUGUACAAUUGUUGAGCAAUUUGGAAGGUUUUGUUCAGGACGAUGGUGAAUGGAAUGAUUUUGAAGAUGAAAAUAAAGAUUAUUCUGGCCUAAAAAUACAAGCUCUAACCAUUGAUGACGAUGAACAACAAGAAAAAGAAGAAGAUAUUAAAAAAGAAGCUAUCGAUACACCAUGGGGACGUAAAGAGGAGGAUACAAAAGAUGGUGAUAAUAGUGGUGAUGAUGAUGAUGAUUCUGAUGCAGAAAAAGUGGAUAAUGAUGAUGACCAAAAUGAAUCAACUGCAACACCAUCCGAUGAAACGGAGAAACCAGAAAAUGAAAAAAUAAUCGCCGAUGAUGGUGGUAUUGAUCUAUCGAAAUUAUCAGCCGCAUUAUUUAAAUCGAAAUCAAAUCGUUCAAUACAAAUGAAUAAAAAAUCGGAUAAACAAGCACCAAGAAUUGAUGAUGCUGCCGAAUUUCCUGAUCUAGGUGCAACAGAUGAAGCAAUAGCCGAUGCUAAAACAUUUCAACCAGUACGAUCUGGUUUAAUAUCAUCACGUAUUGUAGCACAGCCACCACCACCAUUGCCACGAUCAUCAUCGAAUAAUGAUCGUUAUGAAUCAUUACAAACUGAUAAUAAAUUCAAUGCAUUAAGAAAUAAAGGUUGGUAAUAACUAACUAAUGAUGAUGGAACAAACACCUGAAAGAGCAAAGAAAAAUGUAUAAAUUCUGGAAAAUAUAUAUCAUACACAGCAAGAAUAUAUUAACAGCUACAAAUACAAACACACCAUAUAA